UUUUUUUUGGUGGGCACUCAGUAGCAUUAUUCUUGAUCCAAAGGCACGGAGGUGCUAUAUAGAUGGACAGUGCAUGCCCUCGCUGCUCGCUCAUUGCUAAUCAACCUCCUGUCCAGCCACCCCUCACGGUUAAUUGUCAAACUCUUCUUGCAAAAACCAUUUCAGAGUGUGUACUUUGACUAAGAAACAAUGAUAGUAUCUGAGAUUGAAGCCACAAAACCCCAUGUUGCUGUCCUUUCAGUUCCACUCAUGGGGCAUAUCAUACCCCUUCUUGAGUUCUCUAAGCGAUUAGUCGUCGACCAUGACUUCCAUGUCAGUUUCCUUGUCAUCACCACCACCGAAGCUUCGGCGGCGCAGGACCAGCUCCUCCAGUCACCCACCUUCCCUCCUGGCCUCGACGUUGUCUACUUUCCUCCCAUCGACGUGCUCUCUGUCACCACAGAUGACAUGCUGAUGCUUACUCGCCUUUGUGUCAUGGUAGAAGAGAGCCUCAAGUCCCUGAAAUCAGUCCUCAAAGAGUUGGGGGAGCUCAGAUCAGUUGUCAUUGAUAAGUUUUUUACCCAAGCCUUUGAUGUCUGUUGUGAACUUUCAAUUCCAGCGUACUUAUUUUACACUUCAGCCCUUGUUAUGCUUACCUUUUCCUUGUCUCUACCAACUCUUGACUGUGAAGUGGAGGGUGAGUUUGUUGAUCUCGCUGAACCAUUGAAGGUCCCUGGUUGCCCUCCAUUUCCAAUUGAAGACCUAUUUGACCCGCUUAAAAACCGCAAGAUUGAUGAGUACAAAUGGUUGUUGUUCCAUUCCAGCCGUUUUCACCUGGCAGCAGGGAUAUUCGUUAACUCUUGGCAGGAACUAGAAUCUGUGACCUACAAAGCCAUGACUGAGGACCCAUUCUUUAAACAGAUACCCACACCUCCAGUUCUCCCAGUUGGACCGUUGAUAAAAGGAGAGCCACCACUAACUGCCCGAGACAUUGAGUAUCUGGCUUGGCUUGACAAGCAACCAUCCGAUUCGGUGCUUUUUGUAGCACUUCGCAGUGGUGGUACAUUAACAGCUGAUCAACUCACUGAAUUGGCAUGGGGAAUAGAACUGAGCCACCAAAGGUUCAUAUUUGUUGUGCGUAAGCCAACAAAUAGUAGUGCAUCAGCUGCACUUUUCACUGCUGGAAGUGAUAUUGGCAAUCCGAUGACUUAUUUGCCGGAGGGGUUCUUAGAGAGGACUAAAGAGAGGGGAUUGGUGGUGCCAUCAUGGGCACCACAGGUGGCAGUGCUUAAACACCCAUCCACCGGUGGUUUUUUGUCUCACUGUGGGUGGAACUCAACAUUGGAGACUAUUAUUAAUGGAGUGCCUUUGAUUGCUUGGCCACUUUUUGCUGAACAACGAAUGAAUGCCACGAUACUUUCAGAGCAAGUUGGAAUAGCCAUCAAACCAGUGGUAAAACCAGGAGAGAGCUUGGUGGGACGUGAAGAGGUUGAAAGAGUAGUAAGAUUGGUGAUCGAUGGUGAAAAAGGGAGGGAUAUGAGGAGAAGGACUGGGGAGCUGAAAGAAAGUGCUGCUAAAGCUCUGGAGAUUGGUGGAUCGUCUCAUGAUGCGCUUGAACGAAUGGCAAAGGAAUGGAAGGCUGAGUCUAAUGUCUGAUCGUUUGUACAGCGAGUUUUUUUUACAG